CGCCCAGCAAUGGUCGUGUGGGACCUAUUGGUGCUCGUGUUCCGUAUUCUGUGCUUCAAGCCGGCCGUCAUCGUGAUCUGAGCAACCAUGGAGCUGAAGGGCCUCGACCCCACUGACGUUUACUGAGCGGCUCCACCUUAGCCCCCCAAUCACUAGUCUUCUCGCCAGUCCUCACUCAUUUCUUGCUUGCUUGCUUGCUUGCCGGUGGUUCCUGCAGCAUAGUCUGCCGUGAUCACCGACACAUUACUCCUUGGAUACCGCACACGCGGCUACACGCUCCAUUUACCAUGAGUUUCGCUCUGGAUCCCCUGGAUCCCACGGGUAUAUACUGAUGGCUCCCGGCCGUCAGUCCCUCCACAGCCAUGGCGCCACGCUGGUCCACGUCGCUCCUACAGUUCCGUCUUGGACUGUCCUUGCUGUCCUUGUUGGCCGCCCCCUCCCUGGGGCGCCUCCCACACUUCCCGGAUGGCGAGGUAGUGGAUGAGAACAACCUGGUGGAGGGGGCGCCGCAGCCACUUAGCCUUUCCGACGCCGUCCGCCUGUUCGUCCGCCUGAAUCAGGAAGAGGAACUGGGCGCUCGAUCCGAGGGUCAAGAGGAACGAGAGGACCCGAGAUUGAUCGGCAUCACCGACGGAGGGCUCUACAGGGGAGAUCUUGUGGUCUAUCUCCCGGUGACUCUCCUUCUCCCUACGUUCGCCUUCCGUUCGCGUUACUCCUUGGCCGGAAGUGAGGAUUCCAGCUGGUCGAGUUACCUCUUCGGAAGGAGUUACGUGGGAGGUCGUCGAGAUAAGGAUGCUGAGGAUGCUUGGCAAGACAUCAGGGGGCCUGUGGAUCGCGUUCUCUCGGGCGACGUCAGAUACGACCCCCAGCAUCCGGAAUACGAGAACGGAGUUUACGGCCCCUUGCUCUCCCGCCUCGACGCCUACUUCCACUAUCUCCGAGUGCAUGACGAUUCCUGCAGGAUGAAGGCUAUAUGUCACUUGGCGAAGGACCCUGCCAAGUACAGCCCCCUUUCGCACCUCAUUCUCUCAGCCCUGAAGAAGAGCGAGUCCUUCUCCAGGCCUUCUUCAUACAGCCAAGAAGUGUUUCGUUUCUUCCGCUACUACUGGGCGGCUGAAAGGGGCGUGGCCGGCGAGGACUGUAGCCACGCCUACUACCAGUGUCCAGCUGACCUUGAGGACAUUGUCAACAUGAGUGUCCUCAGCUUCUGGCAGAAACUUGCAUCUCGUGUGUCUAUUAAGCUGAGCGACGAAUGAUGCCUCCCUCAUUUUUAUUUUCUUUUUUUUUUAUUAUUGUUCUGAUGGAGUAUUUUAUAUAUUUUGGUGCUUUAAAUGCCUACUUGGUGCCACGUGGUUCCAAAAUUUUCCGUACUCUGGUGCCCGGAUCGUGCUGUACAACAUAACCGUAUGUUACCAGCCUGUUACUAGUGCCUCGAGAGGGCGGGUUGUGGGCCGCCCUCCCCGCCCAACAUGUUACCACCCACUCACCAAUGCCUCGGGGGGACGGGCGAUCUUGCUUACCCCGCCCCCUCCCCCCCACCUUCUGUGACGCUCAUGGAACUCCUAUUUUCCAAAGUCUCGACUGGAUAACUUGUCCCAUCUGCGUUAUAAUGGGCCCAGACGCCUCCAGACAAUACCCGAGUCAUAUGUAAUGUUUUACAAGGUCUGCGCCCCUUUUCCCCGCCCUGGAAGCCUGGGAUUCAGCGUAGGCCCUCUUGCUCUACUCGCUAAGGAUCUCCCCGUCAAUAAGAGGUGUUGUAAGUGACGAGUUAAACCUGUGAUAUUGUAGUUUAUUUUGAUGUGUCUGACUUCCGCCCCACAGCGGUUCGGGCACUUUGCCCACCGACCUGCACUGUGCUGUUGACAACCGUAGUCACUCUGCUGACCUAUCUCUGACCUUCUGCCUGCUGCCUGCUGCUAUAGCGUGGGCAGGUUAAUAUCAUUUAGCUCACAGUCAUUACAAUCUUUACCGAAACCAGACAGUAGACAGUUUCUUGUAAAAAAGUAGUGAACUUGGACGACUGCGUCAAAUCAAUGACAAUCGUUACCAUCUUGCUGACAGUUUUAUGGACUCACAGCUCGGACAAUCUCCAUAAAUGCCUGCACCGUCCUUCGACAACUUGUCCUGUGUUAGAUCAGUGCUAAAAGUUACCCCGGGACCAAAAAUAAGGCUACAGUUACGAAACAUUCGUAACCAACAAAGUCAAGCGAAUUUUUGUAAAAAGUCUAAUCCUAUUUCUCAGGCUUUGUAGCAUCCUAUGCAUCACCUUUGCACAGGAAUAAAAACGCAAAAUGAACAUGGAUUUGUUCUGACUGUAGACUGGGGGAAAGUAUUGACUUAGUGACGCACGGAGAAAGCGUUGACUCAAGACACUGGGAGAAAGCGUGGACUCAGACAAGGAAAAUAGCUGUUAGUCGGAGAGAAAGUCGUGUGUUGGCGAUAUUCGUAGAAGCGAGUCGUGAAGCCGCACCACGACACUAAUUCCACGACCGGUCUCAUUUGCAUUGUGAGUUUACCUGCUGUCAAAAUAAGAUUAAUGAUCAUGAUUAGUAAUAAGCACAUCUUUGUAAAAGAUUCAUUUAGGUAAUACUAGAAACAUUUGAAAUUGAACAUAUGAUAAAAGAAUUUUUUUUACUAGAUUAAUUCGAUCAAUACUACAAGUAUUUGAAGUUGAACAUAAUGGAACUCUGAACACUGUCUCUCGAAACCUGACCUGGAUCAUGAAUGGCUUGACCUUUUGAAGUGAAUGUUGCAGGGUCUCUCGGGAAGACGCAGCUUUUCAAACCGACCGGCGGACUUUUAAAUCAAGUACAAAGAGGAGACUAAACAGCAAAUUGUAUUUUUAGAGCUUCUCUAUAUUUGCAAAGAUUGAUACAAUAUUUAAGUGUUUGGUUGUGAUUGAAGCCUCAAAGGACGGCAAUACACGCGGAAAUUGAAAAAAAGGGCGAGAGAGAGAGAAAAAAGUCAUCCACAGAAGAAAGGGUCUUUUCAAGAACCCUGACAUUUGCUUCAGUGGGUUAUUAGACUGACAGAAGCGCCUCCAAGCACUGAAAGAGACGCCAGAGAGCCAGGCUGACAGAGAUACUGACGGACUGUUGACAUUAGCUUGUGACAUUCGACCAAUGACUGCACGACAAAACUGUCACGUCAACAUUACUUUGACUUAUGACGAUACCAACGUGUAAAUUAUCAAAUAGUUAUAUCAGACUCCACUUGACCAUAGACAGACAGACAGACAGACAUACAGCCAGACAUACAUACAGACAGACAUCCUCGAGCUAGGCAGGUAGGAUGGACUGCAAUGCUGAAAGCGAUAGGUCACGCAAACAAAACAAAACAAAAAGAAACUUUCGACGAAUGGCAAUACACUUUACUGUGUUGAUAAAACGGCAGAAGAAAAACCCACAAUACUUUUUUCCCCAUAAACUUUCAUUAUUUUUUAAAUGUGGUGUUUUUUUUCUGACAAAACUUUCGACGUGACUGACUGUUGGCAGAGAUGAAAAUUGUCAUUACUGUUGCAGUUUGUGCUCCAUAGUUACAGGUCGUUUGGUCCAGUACAAGUGAUGCAUAUCCUUAAGACCAGGCCGAUGACACUUGGUACAAUACUAAAAUAUACGUCUACAAGGCUCAGUAUUUUCCUGUACACUUGGCUGUUACACGGAGUUAAAGUAUACGGUACUUGUUCACGGUACAGUGAAUAAGACACUUAAUGUAUUCAGCUGACCGUUGAUAAUCCAAGUACACCUAUCUGAUUACUUACAGUCUGUGAUCAACCACAUAUAUCUUUCAUAUGGUUGUAAAUGGUCAUUAUCUUGUUGAAUCGUCUGGAAAUAGUCUGUUCUGAUUAGUCCCGCAUGUUAAUCAGCGCAUUUGUAAACCAGUUCCAUUUUUUUAUUGUUGUACUUCGUUUUUUUUUAUCUUUAUCAUUCUAAAACCCAAAUGAAUGUGUAUCUGGUGUUUCCAAGUAGUGACAGAAAAGUGUAUCUAGUGAUAUUUAAAUGCAAAAUCUACCUAUCCUCAUUUCGAAAUACUGUGUAUUGCUUAUUAUAUGUACAAUGUGUUUAUUAUCACUCCUAUUGCUGAUUCACUAAUAAAUACAAAACUACCUAACAACGAGAACUACUCGGGGUGUAAUGAAUCCCGAGUGGUCUCAUAUAUAUAUAUAUACACACACACAUAUAUAUUUGCACGUAUGUAUAUUAUAAAAGAGAUUAUACGUUUAUAGUUAAUCUUGCUCUUACAGUAGACGUUCUUGUGCUAAGUCUCGGCCUGGUCUCCCUUCAUGACUACGCGUGUGUCAAGUCCCCGUGUUUGUGUGUAAAUCAAAUAUAAUUGUUAUUUUGAACAAGAGAAGAUGCAUGAUAUUUUUGUAGCAGAUGAAGAUCAUGUAAUAAGUUUAUUAUAUGAAUAAAGAAAAAAUGAGAAAUAUA